GAUGUUUGUGUGAGUGUAUAAGGAGGACCUGUAGCGAGAAGGGCAUGUUGUUGGCUGUGCUUGUAGGUUGGCUACAUCCAAGGCUAGUUUGGAAGUAAACCUGUUGUCAGUUGGAAGGCUGUCGUUGCUGACGUGAUGCUUAUAACCACUAAAAUCGCGUUCAAACAUGGUCGAACCUAUCAUAAAGUCUUGGGUCCAUGGCUCCGCCAUGUCCAAUUGUCUCAACGAUGUUUGAGUAUCUCCGGAUUCAAUCGCGGGAUAAUCAAAUCUAGUUACGAUGAUGUGCCCAUUUCUCAGAAGAAUCUGUUCCAUUUCAUGUGGGAGAAUCAUUCGAAAUACUACAAUAAAAUUGCUCUGGUAGAUGGUGUCACAGAUGAGCAACUGAAUUACGAUGAAGCCUACAGGAAAUCCAAAAACUUCGCGUUGCGGCUUCAAUCUUUGGAAGCAUUGAAGGGCGAUGUCCUGGCUGUGCUUUUGCCCAACUGUCUGGAAUAUCCAUUGGUUUUUGCGGGUGGAUGCGGAGUGGGGGUGACCAUAACCACCCUAAAUCCCAUAUAUACGCCACAUGAGAUAUGCAAGCAGCUGGAGAUGUCCAAGGCUUGUUGGGCCGUCACCACCAAAGCCCUUCUUCCAACUUUGGAAGCUGCCUUUGUAAAGCUAGGUCCGGUGGAUUUCCAAUGGAAGGAACGGGUUUUUAUCGUUGGAGAAAAGGUUCCCGGAUAUCACUCGGUGACUGAAAUGCUGGAAACCGACAUGGUGGGGGAGCCGGACGUGGACGUGAACGUCCACGAGGAUAUUUGUGUGCUCCCCUAUUCAUCGGGUACAACUGGCGUUCCAAAGGGUGUCAUGCUCACGCACCACAACAUUGUGGGAAAUGCGUGCCAACAAGUACUCGGUCACAAAGAUAUCUCGACCAUUACACCACUCAAAGAUAAUGAGUCGCAACAUGUGACCAUAUGCGUUUUGCCCAUGUAUCACGUUUACGCCAUGAAUGUCACCAUGAUUCCGAUGUUGUAUUGUGGAGGCAAAUUGGUCGUCUUGCCCAAGUUCGAACCAAAAGUGUUCAUUGAAGCCCUGGAAAAGUAUAAACCCACGUUCCUUCAUCUUGCUCCUCCAUUGGUAUCAUUUUGUACUACUCAUCCGGACAUCAAACCUCAUCACCUGGAGGCUUUGGAGCACGUUGUCGUGGCUGCGGCACCUUCCGGGCCCGCUUUGAUAAAGAAAUUCAAAAACCUGGCCCCAUCCAAGGUCGUUUAUCGUGAAGCUUGGGGUAUGACGGAAACAUCUCCGAUUGUCUCCAUGACCUCGCUAACGGAUGAGAUGAACGGUUUCUGUGGGAAGCUGGUACCCAAUACCAUGGCCAAGGUGAUUGAUUUAAAUACGGGUGAACCUUUGGGACCUCAUCAACGAGGCGAGCUCUGUGCCAAGGGUCCUCAGAUCAUGAAAGGCUACCUGGAUAAUCCGGAAGCUACGCAUUCGACAAUCAAGGAUGGUUGGAUGCAUAGCGGCGAUAUUGCCAUUUACGACGAACAAGGCCGGAUUUCCAUUGUUGACCGUCUCAAGGAGCUAAUCAAAGUGAAAGGUUUCCAGGUACCUCCUGCAGAGCUCGAGGAUCUAAUCAGAGGCCAUGAAAAGGUUUUCGACGUGGCAGUAAUUGGAGUUCCCCACGAAAAAUUUGGCGAAGCUCCUCGAGCCUAUGUGGUGGCCAACCCUGGGCAUGAGCUAACCGAAGAGGAAGUAUUUGGUUACGUUAAAGAUAAUGCGGCUGCCUAUAAACAGUUGUCCGGUGGAAUACAAUUUAUGGACCACAUUCCAAGAUCGGCGGCGGGCAAAAUCUUGAGGAAGGAUCUCCUAACCGCAUACCUAAAUGAGCAACAACAAUGAACCAAUAAAGACUGAUGAAUGUAUUCGCACACAAAGAAAUAACAAUGCUCGUUGACUUUAAA